AUGUCUCGUGUCAUGCUGUGGGCGUUUCUCGCUCUCGCGGUCUUCAGUAACCAACACUGGGUUAAUGCAGAUGAAGAUACCAACUACCGGAAACGUCCUCAAAAGCAAUCGUCGCCAAAACGAUCUUCAGACUUCGAUGACAACAGGAUGGAUAUAAAGCGUCAUCUCGAGAUACUUGCUGACGCUGAUGGUAACGGAAUGUCCGACGUAGAUUUCAAGGUCUCACAGGUCGAAUCCAGUUUGAAAGAUUAUCUUAAAGGGAAACCGCUGACUGCAAGAUCUACGGACUUCCAUGUAGAUAAGACAAAAACUAAACGUCGUCUCGAAGUACUCUCUAAGGCCAAAGGUAAUGGAAUGUCUGAUGUGGAUUUCGAUCUCUCACAAGUCUCCGCGCUUAGAGAAGGUGAAGCUAUUUCUAAAAUAACGGGAGUGGUAACUAAACGAUCUACAUACUUAACAAACAAAAUGAAACGUGACUUCAAAAUCCUUGCUAAUGCUAAAGGUAAUGGCAUGUCUAAUGUGACUUUCAAUGUCACACAAGCAACUCGGGAUGAUGACAACAAACCAACCAUAAAACGAUCUCCUCCAGAGCAACCAAUGACUGAAAGAUCCUCAGAUUUCGGAGCAAACACCAAGCAAACGAAACGUUACUUGGAAAUACUUUCUGAUGCCGAAGGUAAUGGUAUGUCUAAUGUGGGUUUCAAGAUAUCGCAGGUUGCAGGGAAUGAACAGCCCACAAUUCUUCCUCCCCAGGCACGGCGAAGUGCAAGAUUGUCAGACUUCAAAGAGGAUACGAAACGUGAUCUGGAGAUACUUUCUAAUGCUGACGGGAAUGGCAUGUCUGACGUCGAUUUUAAGGUGUCACAGGUGAAACCUAAUCUGAAAAGAUACCCUCUGGCGGGAACACUCUCUGCAAGAUCUACAGAUGUCGAUAUCGGCAACAUGAAAACUAGGCAAACCUCGAAGAGAGAGGAUCCUGUCAAACUUAUCAACGCAAUUAUAGAAGAACCUGAUGAAGUUAAAAUGGUUAAGACUGAACUAGAGAAAAAGAAACUCCGACCCUGUAAAAAACCUGUUGCUGUCAAGAAAGAUUCAUUAAAGCUAAAUAAACUUGAACUCAAGAAAGCUCCAACAAAGUUAAUUGUUCAAACUGCAAACUCGACUUAG